AUGGCGACGAUGGGUAAGGAUGACCUUCCAGAGAUGAUGACGAGUAUAAGGGUAGUAGAGGGAAAGAUUGAGAUAGUGGAUCAGCUGUUGUUACCCCAUCAAGUACAAUGGCUGCCUAUCAAUUCUCCUGACGAAGCGUACGAUGCCAUAAAGAGUAUGAAAAUUCGCGGUGCACCAGCUAUAGCAUCCCUAGCUGCUCUUUCUCUCCACUCGUAUCUCUCUUCUCCCACCCUUCCUCCCUUCACCACGCCGGAUAACGUCGCUCAGCACCUUUUACCCAUCUUAGACCACCUACAAUCUUCCCGACCUACAGCUGUCAAUCUGUCAGAGGCUAUGAAUCGUAUUCGAGCUGUCCUACGACAUACUCACUCGAAGUCUACCGAAUCCUCCGAACCUGAUAAAGCCGUUCAGAAGAUUGUGGAAAAGGUCAAGAAGGUUUGUAUGGCGGUACAUGAUGAAGAUCUCGUCAGGAACCUGGAUAUGUCGAGAAAUGGGGCGAUGUGGUUCUGGAUGAAUAGGCGUGAGGGAAAGAAGAAGCUCAAGAUUUUGACCGUGUGCAAUACGGGUAGUUUGGCUACUUCGGGGUACGGUACAGCACUUGGAGUUAUCACUGCAUUGUUCCAAGCCGGUCAACUUGAUACUGCUUAUUACGCCCAGACGACGCCUUAUCACCAAGGUUCAAGGUUGACAUCGCUGGAAUUGACCACAUUGAAGAUUCCUGCUUGCAUGAUAUGCGACACCAUGAUAGGCUCUCUGAUGCAAUUACACGAUAUCGACGGAGUGGUCGUUGGGGCAGAUCGAAUAGUCGCUAAUGGCGAUACGGCCAAUAAAAUAGGAACGUAUCAAGCUGCUGUUCUUGCUCAAAGACAUAAAGUUCCUUUUAUGGUGGUAGCUCCUGUCACCACCGUCGAUAGAUCUCUGGAAAAUGGUAAUGAGAUACAUAUUGAACAAAGACCUCCGAUCGAGGCAACACAAGUCAGAGGACGUGAUAUUUCUACGGGCCAAUUAUCAGUCGUCAGGAUAACACCAGAAGGAGUAGGGGAAGACGCUAAACCUUGGAAUGGGGUUUAUAAUCCAAGUUUCGAUGUGACCCCAGCUGAAUUGAUUAGUUGCGUAGUCACUGAAAAAGGGGUGGCGGAACGUCAAGAAGGAGAGAACAGUAUUGAUGUUGCAUCGGUUUGUUAA